GGCUGUUUUUGUGUGCAUGUUUUUCUAUUUUACGUAAAUCAUGCCGAACAUGUUUGCAUCAACCUCCUGGUGAUGCACCUUUGAUCAAUAGAUUUUAGACAAAAGUGGUUUUUGAGUCCAAAGAUCAGGGCUGGGUUGACCUACAGAUUGGAUACAGGGUGUAUAAAACAGAGGCAAGGCGCAGGCUGAUAGCAGAGCAAUCAGUGCCAAGUCUGAAAUAACUGAGAGGGUGCAGCCGAAGGCUUCCUGCGGGGCCAGCGAGUGAGGAUGGAGGAGGGAAUGAACCUUCUCCAUAACUUUGGGAUCCAAUCAACGCGCUACCUCCAGGUGAAUUACCAGGACUCCCAGGAUUGGUUCAUCUUGGUAUCUGUGAUCGCGGACCUCCGAAAUGCCUUUUAUGUCCUCUUCCCCAUCUGGUUCCAUCUUCAAGAAGCUGUGGGCAUCAAACUCCUCUGGGUAGCUGUGAUUGGAGACUGGCUCAACCUCGUCUUUAAGUGGAUUCUCUUUGGACAGCGCCCCUACUGGUGGGUCCUGGACACUGACUACUACAGCAACACCUCGGUGCCACUGAUAAAGCAGUUCCCAGUCACCUGUGAGACCGGCCCAGGGAGUCCCUCUGGCCAUGCCAUGGGCACAGCAGGUGUAUACUAUGUGAUGGUCACGUCCACCCUCUCUAUCAUUCGGGGAAAGAAAAAGCCAACCUACGGCUUUCGGUGCUUGAAUGUCAUUUUGUGGUUGGGAUUCUGGACUGUGCAGCUGAACGUCUGUCUGUCACGAAUCUACCUUGCUGCUCAUUUUCCCCAUCAAGUUGUUGCUGGAGUCUUGUCAGGCAUUGCAGUUGCUGAGACUUUCCGCCACAUUCAGAGUAUCUACAACGCCAGCCUCAAGAAGUAUUUUCUCAUUACCUUCUUCCUGUUCAGUUUUGCCAUUGGAUUUUACCUGCUGCUAAAGGGGCUGGGCGUCGACCUCUUGUGGACCCUAGAGAAAGCCAAGCGAAGGUGUGAGCGGCCAGAAUGGGUCCGCAUCGACACCACGCCCUUUGCCAGCCUCCUCAAGAACGUGGGGACCCUCUUCGGCCUGGGUCUGGCUCUCAACUCCAGCAUGUACAGGCAGGGCUGCAAAGGCAAGCUCAGCAAGUGGUUCCCGUUCCGCCUCAGCUGCAUCGUGGCCUCCCUCGUCCUCCUGCACUUCUUUGACUCCUUGAAACCCCCAUCCCAAAUCGAGCUGAUCUUCUACGUCCUGUCCUUCUGCAAGAGCGCGGCAGUGCCCCUGGCAUCUGUCGGCCUCAUCCCCUACUGCCUCUCCCGGGCCCUGGGCCAGCCCGACAAGAAGACUUUGUAGACAGAUGUGGAGUCUUCAGUAUUGAAAGACGAUGACUGUGCCAAGGAGAGAGGGUGGCUUCUAGGCUUUUCUGCCAGCCCGUUUUGAGGCCAGAGGUGCUAGAAUCAGCUCAGAACUCCUUCCUCCUUUGCCGUUCUGAUUGUAUUGGGUGACAGUUUUUUGAAAUGUUAAUGAGGCUUCUUGAGAAAGCCUUAUUAGAAGCUGGGACAUUCUGGAUUCCUUCCCCCCCACUAAAUAUUUACUUAUUCUUCUGUUAAAUAUACAAAAGCAAGAUUCCUUGGUAGGGCCAGCUCCUAAUCCCAGACUGGGGAUCACAACUGAAUUUUCUACUCAUUCUCAUCCUUACCCAAAAAAGGCGCAAGGAGCAGUAGUUUUGAUAGGAUUGUUGAAUAUCUUGUAUACCAUGCAAAUUCUAUGUCAAACAAUAUCUGAAUGGCUUCAAUUACAGUAGAAUCUUUAGGUAAAGGACUCUUAAUUGGGGGGGACCAAUUUAAAGUACUAUUAACAUGGAGUUCCCACUAUACUGCAGUGGGUUAAUAAUCCAGCUUGUCUCUGGGGUGUUGCCAGGCAUGACACCAGCUGUGGUAUAGGCUGCAAAAGGCCCUAGAACUUACAUGUGACGAGGGUAUGGGCAGGAAAAAUAAGUGGUUGGAGGGGUUGGGAGAGUUCCUGUUGUGGCCCAACAGAAAUGAAUCCGACUAGUAACCAUGAAGUUUUGGGUUCAAUCCCUGGCCUUGCUCAGUGGGUUGAGGAUCCAGCAUUGCUGUGAGCUGUGGUGUAGGUCAUGGCUGUGGCUGUGGUGUAGACCAGCAUCUGCAUCUCCCAUUUGACCCCUAGCCUGGAAACUUCCACAUGUGGUGGGUGCAGCCCUAAAAAGC